GAUGUCAUCGCUUGUGAUUGGUCUAAAAUUUCUAACCAAACUUUUGCAUUAUAAACUUUAUAACAAUAACAAAUACGGCUGUUUUUUGUUUAAGGUUCGUGCUGUGUUGUCAAUGGAAUGCAAUUCGGUGUUCUGUUGAGAUAACAUCGUUUAAAAGUCGGUCGUUGUUAGAUGGACCCAGGGGGCCAGGCCAGUGGAGACAGCUAGUCGCGUACCUGUCUGAGCAGCGCAAUCGUUACCGAGGCGCGUCGGUCUGCAUCGGCGGGCAUGCGCACACCAACGACACGAGCGUUCGACCAAGUUUAGUGAGAAGCGAGGAGGAACGGCACUGCACGCUGGCUGCGAAUGGUCGAGUAGAGCCGCCGCGCCGCGCCGCCCGCUCCCGCAGUCCGCCUGCCGCGCCGGUUCUGCGCGCUCCACGCUAACCGCAUCAUGGUAAUGGACAACCGUGCGAAUGAAGAUAACGAGACGGAACACAACUCUUCAAUUUUUAUAACCAAUUUUCAAAAUGGAGACGUCGUGAACUAUUCCUUAGUUUUGAUUAAGGGAAUCAUAACAAGAGGCAAUUCUAACAAUCAUGAAAAACUCACGUGCACAUUAAAAAGUGAAAACUUUCAAAACAAAACUCAAUGGGACGUUUACAAUGGAGAAUUUAAAGUGAUCAUAGAACUUUUAAGAGGUGAAAAUGUUAUUGAACUCGAAUACGCUGAACAGCAACGAAAAACGUUACUCUUGGAUUAUACCCCACGAAAAACAAAUCUGCGGGUAACUCCAGUCUACAUCAUAUGUCAAGGUCACGACGGAUGUUUUCAAAGUCCACCAGAUGUUGACAACUCGAUAGAAAGUGCCUGUUCUCGAAUUGCGAUUGGUUCAAAAUUGAUCCAAUGCUUAACAGCAGAAAAACUUUUUGAGAGUGGCAUAGGAAGAAAAACAUUCCAACUCGAACAUGAAGUCAAUCCCAAGAAACCAGAAUGCAUUGUGUUCAAAAGCAGCCUUAACGUUAACAAGGCCAGAAAAAUGAAACAAACCGAGUUAUGGUCACAUUUUGGAAGAGAACUGAUGCUUUCUGAUUUAGGAAGUAAUGAAAGAAAAUUCUUGGGCUUUAUAUCCUGCACUCGAUUUAAAGGUACUGAUAUUGAUAAGCCCAUGACACACGAAGAGAUUGUAUCUCUUACUGAAGCAUACGCUGCAUUAGGAGGAGGAGGCUUGGCUCUUUUUGGGACAGCUUGUCUGUAUACCUGGCCCACGACUGUGGAAGAAAUAAUUCCAAAAUUCUUAGAUGCGACUCCAGUAAACGUAAGGCGAUUCAUGGACGACAGUGGAUAUCGAGGAACUUUAGGAGGAUGUUUCGCAACUACCCUGGGUUCAGUAUUCCAUGAACUCGGUCACACAUUUGAUCUCGGGCAUACCAAAGAUGGUAUUAUGGGAAGAGGCUUCGACAAUAUAGACAGAGUAUUUGUAACCGGGGAAAAACGCUCAGCUCUAGUGAAAGAUAACAUGAAUAACUUCAAUGGAAAACCAGUACAACAUUCUACAGUUUCACUACAGCGUAAUAUAAGUGUAACUAUGAACGUUGCGGAGCCUUUGCGGGUUUUAGGACCAAGAAGCAAAACAACGUUAGGUAACUUUGCUGCAAUGUCCAAAUCUGAUAUUAUAAGAAGAAGCCCAAAUGUGACUCCUAUAACUAGACCAUCUAGUGUCUAUUCAAAUAUUACAAAUAGGCUUACGGAUUCAAAGAAAAACGUUAAUCGGACCAACGGGAAUGAUUCUAUUUAUUGGACAAGAAAUUGUGCUGUAUUACUAUCCUACCAUCGGUGGUUCAAUAAUGAGUAUGGAAGAGAAAGACAAGCAAUAACAAGAUAUUUAAAAUUUGAUAAAAACAAAAUGAUGAUCAUUUCUACAGCCGGCAUUAGAAUAGUAGAAGUACGAGACGAAUCAAAUGGGAUGGUUUUAGAUUCAUAUGAAUUUACUAAUCUUGUACCAGAAAAGAGAUUCUUGGUUCCAUUUACUUUUUCUCCUAAAACCAAAGUGUUGACAAUAGUAGUGGAGGAUGAUUUGGGAAACGUGCUAAAACAGACAUUCUCAUACUAAAUAGUUGGCG